CCGGUUCUUUAUACCAGUGGGCAGAGGCCGGCCUCACUGCUGCCAGGCCUGGCUGUGCCCUGAACCGUCCAGAUGGACGGUUCAGCCCCAACCGGCGGGCGGCAGCCUCAACAGUGCCACCAGGCCCAAACGGGAGGAGGAGGAGGAGGAGGAGAGGGAGGACAGCGUCUUGAUUGGGGGGGCGGUGCUGGGGCGCCACGUAGCGAGAAACGGAGAAUCGAAGAGGAGGAGGAGGAGGAGGGAAUGCUGAUGGUAGGUGGAGGAGGAGGAGAAGGGUUGGACAAGUGGCUACAGAGGGAGAUGUUCAACGAGAAGAGGAGGGGGAGGACCAAAGAAGGAGGAGGAGGAGGAGGGUUCGAAAUGGAAGGUGGUCCAGGAUGGGGAGGAGGAGGAGGAGCACAAAAGGGGGAUUGGGGCUGGGGCGCCACGUGGGUAUUGGAGGAGGGGGAGAGGGAGGACAGCGUCUUGAUUGGGGGGGCGGUGCUGGGGCACCACGUGGUGAGAAAGGGAGAAGCGAAGAGGAGGAGGAGGAGGAGGAGGAGCAAAGAAGAGGAGGAGCAGGAGGAGGAGCAAAGAAGAGGAGGAGGAGGAGGAGGACGAGGACGAGGACGGGAUCUUGAUGGCGAGAGCAGCAGCAGUGCAGGCAAGGACAAAGUGAAGGCAGGUGCACCCAAAGAUAAGCCACCGUUCGAGGCCCAAACAGACGAAAAGCAGGAGGCGUUGCAGAAGGAGAACAUCGUGUACAAGUGGAUAGUGCGUGGGCAGGCAGCAGAGCCAAAAGGGUACGGCCAGUAUUGGGUCCGCUGCAAACUCUGCCACCAGCAGUUCACUGCGUCCUCCACCCGAGCGAUGGAACACUUCCUGCGGAAGGGGAAGCCUUGUCCAUACAGGAACGGGGAGGUCCUGCAUCUCCUGGCACUAAGGGGAGGGAAGAUUGAGGGGGAGGCUGCAAAGAAGAUGGUCCAUCAGUAUCGUGUACAGAAAGGGAUUGCAGAGGAUACAGGGAUGGAGCCGACUGGUGCAUUGGCGACAGGCAAAUCAGAUGAGAUGGAAGAGCUUCUCAGGCCGCCGCCUACACCUGGGAGAGAAGUGCGGGUUGAAGGGCAAGCAGCGGUAGGAGCCCCUGUGGAGGACACACAAGACAAAAUAGUCCCUCCAACAGCGGGGCCCUCCUUCCAAGCCUCCACAUCCGGGUCAAAGUCCACGAGAACCACACAAACCUCGAUUCGGAAGUGGGCCGAGAACGCAGCCCAGAAGAGGUUGGACACCCAAUGGGGGAGGGCGUUGUUCAGGUCCGGGGUCCCUUUCAAUUUCGUCAGACAAGAUGAGACGCGCGCCCUCCAUAACCUGUACAUGGAAUUGGGGGCCACCAAGGCGAAGGUGGACAUGCCGAUGUUCGAGACAGUCCGCACYGCCAUAUUGGAUYUUGUGUAUGACCAGGUGAAGCAGGWWGUGCGACCCGUGAUGGACAAGUGGGACAUUUCAGGCUGCACACUCAUCACGRACRACACUACUGAUCGAAGGUGGAGACCCGUCAYCAAUUUCAUAGGCGYSGGGGAAGGAGGAGCAGUGCUGAUCAAGGUGGUUGACAUGAGCCAUAGGAAGACGAAUGCRGCUGCCAUUGCCAAGUUAUGGGAGGAGGUAAUCCGGGAGAUCGGGGUCCAUAGGGUGAAUGCCAUCUGCACRGACAACGCACAAGUGAACAAACGGGCAGCGAGGAUCCUAUCUCUUCGCAAGGAUCCGUACAUUGCAAGGAUCCYCUGGGUCCYCUGUGCUGCACACACCUUGAGUUUGCUGCUGAAGGGUAUCGCGAAACUCYCGUGGGUUGCUAYGAUUGUGAAGAGGGYRAAGAUGAUGGUGAAGUUCAUCARGAACCACCAUCGCACARUGGCUUUGUUCUCAGCAUGUUCAUUGGAGGAAACGAAGACCCUCAUCAUGCCCACARAAGUUAGGUUCGCMUCAAYGUAUCAAAUKCUUGAGAGGCUGUGUGACAGGGAUUGGGUGUUGAAGGAGAUGAUGGAGAGGGGUUGRAACAACAUCCAUUGGAGCACAAGGAAGCUCCGUCGAAAGGCGRAACGRAUAUUCCUCACGGUCCGUUCCGACGAAUGGUGGAUCGAGGUGCAGCGAAUAGUCAGUGUCAUGCGGCCUGUGAACGAGUUGCUGCGUAGGAUGGACCGCGACGGCGCUGCACCCUCACAAUUGUGGGGGUUUGGGGAGCUUUUGGAGAAGUGGUUGCGCACGAUCUUCGGCCUCACGGAGGAGCAGCGGCAGGACGUCAUGGCGAUUGUUCAUGAUCGAUGCAAGAGGAUGAGGCAGCCUGCGCAUGCUGCUAACUUCUUGCUGGCGCCGAACAGGAGGGACCCUCGCUGGGUGUUGGACAAGGAUAGUCUUUUGGUGCAAAAUGCCAUCAAGUACUUCAUGACGCAGCUCGGAGGGGAGACGUGGGGGUCGGAGCAGUCCCACGUUAACGUGUGGCAAAGCUUGUGGGCGUUUCAUUGCGAGCCUCCGACGAAGGAGGAGCGUGCAAAGGAGCCCAUGUGGGAUGGCUUUGGCCUUCAGUCUAUCCCGAAGAGCAUGAAGGACGGCUUCGUUGAUGUCUGGGCAUGUUUCUUUGAUGACCCGGAGGCUCCGCCCGCCAACGAUCCUGCUGUUCUUCCACGACCCUUGGAGCUGGAUGAGGAGGAGGUGUUGCGACAGGCAAGAUUGAGGAAGACCCCCAAGGGAAGGAUUCCCAUCGGUACGUCUUCGAACGAAUCGGACUACUCCUCGAGCGAAGAGGAGAUCAUUUGGAGUGGGAAGAGGAAGGAACAACCGCCACGAAGUGUGAACGGCAAGGAGAAGAUGACAAUGGAGGGAGAAGACGAUGAGGUGGAUGAGGUGGACGAGGAGGCAUAUGGGGAUGUUGAUGAUGAUGAUGAUGACCCAGACUAUGCGUUCUACAGCCGCAGGCUCGAUGACGAGGACGAGCAAGACAGGGUAUGCGGUGUUCAUAACUGUCCUCCCCCUCCUCCAACCACUGGCAUCGUGGACUUGGAGGCCGAGGGAGCCUCACAUGAUGACCGGGAAAGGGCUGUGGCAAAGACCCUUGCACAAACAGACUGGGCAGAAGUGCCGAAACGCAUCGAGGACAAUGCAAAGCGCUUGGCAGUGCCACGUCCGGGGUCGCUUUCGGGGCUUAGCAUGCCUCCACCAGCAGAUCGGGUCGUGGGCCCAAAGAACAAGCGGCAGCAGAAGGAGCAGUCACAACAAGGGCGGCAGGAGCAAGAGGAACACGAAGACCAGCAGCGGCAUGAGGAGCAGCAGGAAGAGAGCCAGCAAUAGGAGCAAAAACAGCAAGAGGAGGAGCAACACCAGCAGGAGAAGCAGCAACAGCAGGAAAAGCAGCAGCCGCACGAGA